AUGGCCGGCUCUGUGGAGUGCAGUGGGUUUGGAGCUUUCCUGUGUUUUCUAGGUGGCGUCACGGCGCUGUAUUUCCUCGUGAAGUGGUCUUGGAGGGCUUGGCAAGGCUUCAAGGUGUACGUGCUGUCCAAAAUCUGGCCAGAAGAUCUGAGAGGGUACGGACAGUGGGCAGUGGUCACAGGGUCAACAGCAGGGAUUGGACGAGCCUACGCUAUUGAACUCGCCAGACGAGGACUGGACAUUGUUCUGAUCAGUCGAACACAAGAGAAGCUUCACAGAGUUGCUGAAGAGAUUGAAUCACGUUAUCAACGGCAGACUCGAAUCAUUCAAGCGGACUUCACUGAGGGCCUCUGUAUUUAUCCAGCUAUAGCAGAAAAACUCAAAGGCCUGGAGAUUGGCAUUCUGGUGAAUAAUGUGGGAAUGACUUUUUCUGGAACCUUGGUGAAGUUCUUAGAUGUUCCUGACUCUGAAAAGAAAAUCACUGACGUGAUCAACUGUAACGUCCUGUCCGUCACACAGAUGAGCAGACUGAUUUUACCACAGAUGGUCGAAAGGAGUAAAGGGCUUGUCAUCAACAUUUCAUCAGAAGCUGGUAGUCAGCCUCAGCCCAUGCUUGCCCUGUACUCGGCUACGAAGGCAUUUGUGACGUAUUUCUCUCGCAGUCUUCAUGCAGAAUACGAGCCACAAGGAAUCACAGUUCAGUGCUUGACUCCGCUCAUCGUGUCCACGAAUAUGACGUACAACAUUGAGGUGAAUCUUCUGGUGAAAAGCGCAGCGUCAUUUGCAAGAGAUGCUCUCGACACUGUGGGUUACAGCUCCUUCACUAGUGGCUGUAUUACGCACGCCCUGCAGCAUGUCGCUCUGACGAUGAUCUUACCGGGUUGGCUCCGACUGUCUCCAUUUUGGGUGUGCUGUGUUGAGGAGAAGUUUGCACGAAGAAUGAGAAACAAAAUGGCACAGUUGCAGAAGAAACAGGAAUGAAGAAAACCCCCAAAUAAAACCGAGGCCCACACCAGGAGAGUCACACAUGACCACACAAAGACUGAUGUGACUAAUUGCACUUCUGGAUAUGUAUCUACACACCAAACCAAACUGUGCUUUAAUCAGGUUCGAUUAAAUGUUCAAACACUUACAGAUCUCCACUAAAGAUGAAAUGUAGUUGAUCAGCCAAGAUGUUUUUGGUAUCAAAGUUUUUCAGGACUUUUUUUUUUUAAUUGCGUAUGUACAGGUGACCAUGCAGGUGACAGCUGUUCUUAAAAAGUGGGAACCGGAUUCUAAUGUGUGGCUACAACUUUGUAAUGUCAGGGACUGAGAUAACCAAGCAUGGUCAUGGUUGAAUGACUGUUGUGCAAACAAAAUGGAGGUUUGCCUUCAUCAAUGAUUUAUGCUCUUCUGUAAACAAACUCUCUAGUGGGUGGUAAAAGAAUAUAUAUCCUACGGACUUGUGUUUUUCAUACGAGCUCCACCUGGGACCUGGAGAAUUGAAACCAUGACAAAUCUGUCACUUGUGAGGAAACCGAUUAAUUUUUUUUGGUAAAUUUGGGGACU